CUGCCCGGCCACUGUCAUCUGCCAUUCAUGCGGCCCCUCUACCCCCCACAUGGCAUGCACCUUGCGCAGAUGGAGGACUGCGGCAUCUAUGGAGCUCGGAGGGGGCUGAUGGGACGACAGCCGGCGCCAAGCUUGCCGGCGUCAGCUGUCGCGCCGCUCAGGUUCGCAAACCCUGGUGCCUCUGGUCGUCUGACGACAGUGCAGCGGGAGAGCCGCGAUAGCCGCAUGUCGCUCCCUCCCAAGCCGUCACCCCAAACGUCAUUCCGCCCUCCCCUAGUCCCUUCAGCCCCAUUCCACCUGCAGCAGUACGGCACACGGCCGCGCCCAUCGCUGUUCAACCGGCCUCGCGCAUUCACUGGCGCCACGCCGGCUUAUGUCGGGCCACAGACGAGCGACAGGGCGGGGAGAUCAGGUAUUGAGCCGGCGCGGCGGACCGUGGGUCCUGAGGGCGUUGAAGGAGAGCGGCGACUCGGCACACAACAGGGCAGUGACCCUGCCACUGCAGCUCAGACAGGCGGCACACCGGUGAGCAACCCAGAAGCGAACGCAUUCACUCGCGAGAGCACUCAGCACGUCCAUCAUUCAUCGUCCGUCUGUGUGCGCGUUGCAGCCCAUCACUGAGGGUUUGGUUCGUCUGGAGGAGGAGCGCAUCGCAUCGCUGCACACACAGAUAGAUCAGGCAAGUGGCGCAUGAGAGGCCCAAUGGCAUCACUGCUGGUGUGCUCUCAUUCACUGUGUGUCUGUGUGUGUGUGCGAUGCCUGCAGGUCACACGAGAGGCUGCCGGUGUGCAGCAGCUCUUCAACACCACAGUCGCCGCACAGGUCAACCACACACGCACACACACACACACACACGAGAGCACUGCAGCCAUUACUCUCUCCCUGGUUGUCUGUGUGUGUAUGUGUGGUCCAGACGCCCUUUCCCACCAAGAAGUGGGUCAACGUCUCCGCCGCUCUCUCGUCGAAUGCUGAUGCAGGUGGAGAAGACGAGAAGGAGGGGUCGGGACCUUGCCCCCCGGCCCUCGAAGGGUCGAUUUCGGAGCUUUCAAGUCACUCAGUGAAGGUAAAGGGACGCAAGAGAAGCAGAUGAAGCUUGUAAAGCGCGUCACGAGCUGUUUGUGUCUGGUGUGUGCUCUCACAUCCCACAGAACUCGCUGAGACCUCAGGAGACUCACGAUGCAGUCCACUGGUGCGGCGCCCUCGCCUCAUCCCCUAGCCCUGCCCUCUUCCAGCCCGCCGACCUCUUUGACCUGUCAUUGCCCAUCAGCAAGAUGGACCGUAUGUUUAUGUCGACUGACGAUGCCAAACGAGCCGCUCUCCGCUCACAGAUUGUCACCCGCACUCGGCAACAGGAGCUGCUGGGCCACACUACGGAGACCGUCAACAGCACCCUGCUCAACGCCGUCCAGCAGCACAUCGACAAGGCCCUCAGUCGUCUCGGGCUGGCGGACGUGUUGGCUUUCGACAUUGGCGGUGACCUGGAGGCCGGCUUGAAGGUGGUCUAUGUGCUGGAGCAGGGCAGUGGCGAGGAGUGGCGGGCAAUGGGUCGAUUCCUUCGGCUGGCCUUCAUCUACCGACUCACCCCUGCUGAUGUGGCCCCGCCUCUCCGUCUGUCGGCCGACGCACUGCCCCCAGCCACGGCCUUCCAUCAGCUGCCCCUCGCCAUGUCCAUCUACAAGAUCAUCGGCCGCCAGCUGACAUACAACACACACAGCCUGACGCUGCAGCCAGCCGACGAAAACGGACACUAUCGGAUCGCCGACAUGGACCCGUUUCGCGUGGUGGCGUUGAGAGAGCUGCCGGGCGGCCAUCCCUAUGCCGACAGCUACAAGCGCACGGAUCCCGUCAUCCGACGGGGCAGCAGCAACAUACUCUUCCGUUCAUUCUCGGCAUUCCUGCUAGACGCGCUUCUCGACCAGUGGUCGAAUGGAGAGGGAGUGUGCCAUAGGAUGGUGCAGGGUGCGUUCAUCGACAUUGAUGACCCUCGGUAUCGCUGUCUGCUGACCGACGACAUCACAGAGGAUUUGGGCAUCGCCGUCGACUAUCGCAGCGGUUGCUUCGAAAUUGACUGUCGUCGUGUGAUUGUGAGCGGCUGGCGACGGGGCGAGACCAUUGCGGCGUAUCUGUGGGUCAAGUUUGCGACGAAUUUUUGGGUCAAGCCGGGCGUCAUCGACCUGUGGACGACCGAGGGCCCCGCAUGCGCAUCGUUCCCCGAAGGCUACCCUCUGUCGAUGCCCCGAUGGCGUCCUGCGCUGCGGCGAUUCGAGCUCGACACUGACGUCAUCGACAAAGGUGGUCGAUGGGUACUAGCGCCGACAGGCGAGGAGGGGAGCCCGCUCCAGUACCAGGGGUGGGGACUGGAGGACACAGACGUGGGGCCACUCAAGUGACGGACAGACAGACCGGACUCACAGUCCAUCGAUCCAUACGCACGUGUGCGUGAAGGGUAUAGGGGGCUGUAGCUGCUGAGACGGUCUAUAGGGGGCUGGGUCGAUUGAUUCGUGUGCACACAUGGGGUGGGAGCAAAUGGCUGACUGAUCGAAGGACAUGAAUUCACUCGAAUGCCAGUGCACAUCAAAA